AAAACUCCUAUUACCUGACACAGUCGCAGAGCUCCACCAUUUCCAUUUCAGAACCAGAUUUCUAGAGAGAGAGAGAGAGCGUUUUCUAGAGCGAGAAACCCGACCACUCACCCGAGAACGCCGGCGAAGAAGAAGAAAGAGAACGACGAUGGGCAAGGAUCUGAGCGCCGAUCAGGUUUCUUCCAUGAAGGAGGCCUUCACGCUCUUCGACACCGACGGCGACGGCCGGAUCGCGCCGUCGGAGCUCGGGAUCCUUAUGAGAUCCCUCGGCGGGAACCCUACCCAGGCGCAGCUCAAAUCUAUCAUCGUCGAGGAGAAUCUAUCGGCGCCGUUCGAUUUCCCGCGGUUCCUGGACCUGAUGGCCAAGCACAUGAAGCCGGAGCCGUUUGAUCGCCAGCUCCGCGACGCCUUCAAGGUCCUCGACAAGGACGCCACGGGAUUCGUCUCCGUCGCCGAACUCCGCCACAUCCUCACAAGCAUCGGCGAGAAGCUCGAGCCGGCCGAGUUCGAUGAGUGGAUCCGCGAGGUCGACGUCGGCUCCGACGGAAAGAUCCGCUACGAGGAUUUCAUCGCCAGAAUGGUCGCCAAGUGAGGAUCCAAAAUGGUAGAUUCGUUGUGGAUUUGAUGUAAUGCUUUCCGAAUCUCUUCCUUUUUUUUUUUAAUAUAUUUCUCCUCUUGUUUCUUCUGCCUUUUAGUGCUUGAAAUUAGGGCGUGUCUUUGGAUAUUCUGUUGUGGUUAAUUGAAUUCCUCGAGUAAUGCUAAUUUUGGGGUUUUUUCUUUUGUUCAUAUUUUAUAGCUUAAAAUAUUGCUUAUGUAUGGAUCGUUUAAUCAAUUUGUGGUGUUAAA